AUGGCAGACAAUUCGACCUUCGAUCCCAAUAAUGUCGACCUGGACACCGCUGAUCCGACUGACAUCAUCUGUUACCUGAAUGCUGGUGGGAACGAUUACGACGGUCGCUUAGGUGCCCGAAUCUCCGCUCUCUUCGUUAUUCUUGUGGUUUCCACAGCUGCAACAUUGUUCCCUGUUCUCGCAACACGCAUCAAGCGACUUCGUGUUCCGCUUUAUGUGUACCUAUUUGCGCGCUAUUUCGGCUCUGGUGUAAUCAUCGCCACGGCUUUCAUUCACCUUCUCGAUCCCGCCUAUGACGAGAUUGGUGGUGCGUCAUGUGUCGGUAUGACCGGUGGCUGGGCCGAAUACUCGUGGGUCCCAGCAAUUGUCUUGACCUCUAUUAUGGUCAUCUUUCUCCUCUAUUUCCUGGCCGACUGGUACGUCGAGAGCAAGUACGGUGGCACUACACAUACAGGCGUGGAAAAUGCCGUUUGUAAUCUCGAGUCCGACCGUGCAGUCCACGACGGCAACUCAGACAUCCCGACUUCGCACGACAGCGGCAAGGUGGAUGUCUACUAUCAAUCCGACGCUUCCAUAGACGAGGAAAAAACUCAGCGAGCUUUCCAAGAACAAAUUGCCUCUUUCCUGAUCCUCGAAUUCGGCGUCAUCUUCCACAGCGUCAUCAUCGGCCUCAACCUCGGCGUCGUCGGCGAGGAGUUCACCACCCUCUACCCGGUCUUGGUCUUCCACCAGAGCUUCGAGGGUCUGGGUAUCGGCGCCCGGCUGAGCUCGAUCCCUUUUCCGAGACGACUCCACUGGAUGCCUUACGCCUUGUGCAUCGCCUACGGCUUGACCACACCUAUCGCCAUCGCCAUCGGACUUGGCCUGCGCACAACAUACGAUGGUGGCUCUUUCACAGCGAAUGUGGUCUCCGGCGUCCUCGAUUCCAUCUCGGCGGGUAUCUUGAUCUAUACUGGACUGGUAGAGAUGCUGGCUAAAGACUUCAUCUUCGACCCGCAUAGGACAAGGGAUAAGAAGAGGAUCACCUUCAUGCUAGUUUCGCUCUAUCUUGGAACUAUGGUAAUGGCAUUACUUGGAAAAUGGGCUUGA